AUGAACAAAAAGCGCAGAUUCUUAGGAAAGCUUAUCGCCGAUUUGUAGAAUAAUAGCGUGGUUGCUUAAAGUCCUUCUUUAUCUCAUGAACCAAAAAUCUAGAAAAAAAGACUUAUUGCAGUUCCUAUGUACUACAAUAUAUAGCCUCUAUAUGAAUUUUUUUUAAUCGGAGAAAUAAAUUUAGAGCUUCAACUCGACAGUGAAGAAGAGUAUUUCCCUAUAGGCAUCAAGCAAUCACCAUUAAAUAAAUGGCGUCCAUUUGUUAAGGCAGAAUAGUUCCAUAAUAGAAUAGAAAUGACUAUUGACGCAAGCUAUCAAGGUAUCUCUGAAUUUGAAUUUAUCAUCUAAAAGCUUUAAUGCUGCUCUAAUGAUGUAUAUAAGUAGUUGGCUCACUACUUGCAAGCCUAUUAGCACUUCAUACGUCGUAUCAAAGAAAAGAUGCUCCAAAAUCCUGUACCUCCACGUCUCUAUGAAUAUAAAUUCUAAAAUUUUUUAAAAAAAGCGACUGAAUAUGUUGAUAGUCUUCCUAUUGACGGUCUUUACGCAGUAUCUAUUUUACAGCUUGACUAUAAUAUAUAUAAUACUAAACGUAUUAAAUUUAUCGUAAGCAAAGCGCUAGCAGAAAUAGUUGGUGGAGUUGAUUAGGCUGAAUGUGCAAAUAUCCUCCUCAGAAAGGGUUGGCUUGAGGUAUUCGGAGGAUCUUAACGUAUUAUGAAAAACAUAAUGCUGCUUAAUCGUUUAAUGAAAGAAGGUAGAUAACUACUAACUUUCAAAAUCUACACUGUUGAUAAGAUUUUAAUUUAGGUGGAGGCAGAGAUUGAAAUUGUACAAAAUCUUAGGACAUUUGUUGACGUUGGAUUUGUUGAAGUUAUUAGAUUUACAAUAUCACCUGAAACUCGAUCAUAUCUCUAUUAGAUGAGAAAGUCAGAUAACCAGCUUAAGAGUUUACCAUAUGAGCUGUAUUUCAACAACAAAACAUUUGAUCCUUUACCACCUUCUACUUCAUUGACUUACUCAGCAUUUAAUAAAGAGAACCCAAUAUCUAAACAAUUAAGAGAUUAACAAGAUGAUAAUUUGGAUGCAUUUACAAACUAACAGUCAUAUACCUAGAGAAGCAGUGAUACUUUCAAGAUUGAAAACAAUUGUUAAUAAAUUUUUAAUUAAAGUACGUUGUAUGGCAAUUAUUACUAAAAUAACGGAUCACACUCCUAGAGAUCGUCAAUAGAUGAAGAUAACGAUUAAAGGUCAUAGAUGCCAAUCAAGAAAGAAGAAGAGGAAACUAGCUUUUCUUAUAAAAAGUUUAAUUCUACUAAUGCAAGUAUUUCAAAAAGAAGUAGGAGCAAUAGCAAUAGCAGCAAUUAUAGUAACCAAGAUAUUCCAGGGGCUAUGACUCUAAAAGAAUUAGAACAACAUGUUGAUAAAUAAGAAUAAAAAUAAAGAUCUCAUUCAGAUUAAUCUAGUGUAAAUGAUAUUUCAUAGACAGGUAAAAAUAAACGCCAUCCAAAUUAUGAUUAGCAUGAGCUAGAUGAAAAGUACUCUAAAAAGAGUUAAGCCUUCAUCGAAAGGUUUUAUAGUGAAUAGGAGGUAUAAAAAAUACUAUUAAAUCAGGCUGCUGCUGCAGCUCCAAAAAAAUUGGUGUCACCUAAUAUUUAAGGAGAAUCUCAAUAGUAAACUGAAUAAAAAAAUGACUUUUCUUCAAGGGCAGACAGCUUAGAUGUUCGCAGUAAUACCUCAUCAAUAUCUGAAAAUAUAAAUAUAAAUAUUUUAAGCAGUCCUGAGUAAAACAUAUAUAAAAAUAAUAACGGAUAAAAAUAGGAAGACUCUUAAAAAACUAAAGUUAAUUACUAGUUAAUAUAAAACCAAAUAAAUCAAAAUAAUUUUAUUAGUAAAAACUAGUAUGAUUAAAGUAAGUAAAAUACUUAUAAUAUAUAACCAAAUGAACUAAACUAAUAACCUAAUUUUUAAAAAAAUUAAUUGUUUUAAUUUGCCAGUAAAGCCCACUUCUAAUAAAGCAGCAACAACCUUAAUUAAAACACUUUAAAUAAAUAAAGCAACAACAAUAACGUUUAAUCAAACAUAUUCAGUACAAGCUAAUACCCUGAAUAAAUAAAUGAAGAUCCUAGUUAGUUGAAUCAUAUUUCUAAAGACGAAUGCUUCUUAUAGGAUCAAACUUAUAUUGAUUAAGAUAUUUACUAAUAAAAAAAUAAAAUUUAAAAAAGUGAUUAUGGUCAAUCUCAGGAUAUAUAAUUAUAAUAUCAGACUGACUAUCCAUAAAACUAUAAUAAUUAUUAAAAAGAUGAAAUGUAAAACUAUUGUUUUGAGGGAAACGAACUAUAGCAACCAAAGUCAUAGAAUGGCUUGCAAGAAUAUGAUAAUUAACAUUAAUAUCAAGAAUUGGGAGGAGAAGAUUUAGACUUAUAUGACCAUCAUUACUUUAAUAUUUUUGAUGACGAGUCCUUAGGUUGCAAAUUUGAGGAACUCUAACAAGAACAAAAAAAGCUUCAUAAAAUGAUAUAUCACUAAUAAUACUAUUGA